AUGCUGCUUUCCCCCCCCCGCCGCACUUCUUGCAACAACAACAUUGCGCCAUUUUUUAUAGAAUCUGUCGCAUUGCACGCUCACGGUUCGCAGACUGAUAAUCAACUCCACGCAAAUCCAAUCUCCAAAACAGGAAAAUCGAAAUCGAAAUGGCGGCUACAACUCGCGCCCGCACUGGAAACUCCAAACCCCGCCUCAUCGCGGCCCUCACCCCUUCCUCCUCCACCACCAAAGCCAAGGCCAACACCUCCAAGCCGCGCGACACCAAAGUCGCCAAGCCGAAAGCUGCCACGGGCGCAGGUGUCGUCAAGGCCAAGAAGCCGCGCACCAAGACGGAGAAGGUGGUGGAUAAGAUUGUGGGAACGGGUGAGAAGGUUGUUGGGGAUGUUACAGGAAAGCCGGGGAAGAAGGCUGCUGGAACGAGGAAGGCUAGGGGCACGGAUAGCAUGACGACGAAGAGGGCGCCGAGGACGAAGAAGGCUGUUGUCUGAGUGCGUCUUUUGCACUUUGCGCAAGUCGAGUGAGAGGCACGAGCGACGAGUGCGGAUGGAGAUGUUUCCUUGUUUUUUUCCUCUUUUUUUCUUUUACUGCGUUCGGAAUGUGUAAGAUACCCCAAUGGUUUAAACGUACUAGGAGUAGUGGGCGUGUUGAAUCGAAUCGAAUCGAAA